AGUUUUUAAGUAUCGCGUGACAAAAUAUAAAAACAAAAUAAUAUAUAGGCCUACAAUAUCAAAUAUACAUGGAAAGUGUUGUGUUUAUGUUUAAUACACACCUAUAUACACAGAAGCUAACUGCAAACUGCAUAAAAUGUAGUAUCUCUUGCUUCCCUUAUUUUUCUCUUUACUUUUAUUCAGAGGGCAUGGGCAUGUCACGUUGAACACAAUUAGGCUUUUGUUCUCAAGCAACAAUAGAUCCUAAUGUCCACAGUAUUCUAGGCCUCUCACCAUCGUUAUCCAUUCAAAUGCUCCGCAGGAAGCUCAGCCUUGAGGUUGGCUAUAGGGAUUUAUUUUGUAACUUGACCCGGUUACCGGGAGACUGACUGAAGUGAGGAGAAUGAGCAGUGGAAGGGGACUGAUGGCCAACUCCUCCCAGUUCACUGUGGAGGGAAAGCCUUUUCGCAUCCUGGGAGGCUCCAUCCAUUACUUCCGUGUCCCCAAAGCCCACUGGGAAGACCGGCUGUUGAAGAUGAAGGCCUGUGGUCUCAACACUCUCACAACAUAUGUGCCAUGGAACCUGCACGAACCUGAAAGGGGAAUGUUCAAUUUCCAGGAUCAGCUGGAUUUAAAGGCUUAUAUCUGCUUAGCUGCAAAGCUAGGACUCUGGGUGAUUCUGCGGCCUGGACCUUAUAUCUGUGCCGAAUGGGAUUUGGGAGGUUUGCCGAGCUGGCUGUUACAAGACAAACACAUGCAGUUGAGGACAACCUAUCCAGGAUUUGUCAGUGCAGUUAAUGCCUACUUUGACAAGCUCAUCCCGCUAAUCAAGCAUUUGAUGUUUCAAGGAGGUGGCCCGAUAAUUGCUGUACAAGUUGAGAAUGAAUACGGAUCAUAUGCCAAGGAUGACAAAUACAUGGCAUUCAUCAAAAACUGUCUCCUGUCCAGGGGCAUCACUGAGCUCCUAUUGACUUCAGACAACUGGGAGGGUUUGAAGUGUGGGGGUGUAGAGGAAGCUCUAAAAACAGUGAACCUGCAGAGACUUUCCUUCGGAGCCAUACAGUAUUUAUCUGACAUGCAGCCCCAAAGACCUCUCAUGGUGAUGGAAUACUGGUCUGGGUGGUUUGACGUCUGGGGAGAGAAUCACCACAUCUUUCAGGCCGACGACAUGCUGGCAGUGGUGUCAGAGAUUCUGGAGAGAGGCGUGUCCAUCAAUCUCUACAUGUUUCACGGCGGGUCCUCUUUUGGCUUCAUGAAUGGAGCCAUGGACUUUGGAACCUACAAAUCUCAGGUCAACAGUUAUGAUUAUGAUGCACCUUUAUCAGAGGCUGGGGACUACACUCCAAAAUAUCAUGUCCUGCGAACCUUGUUCAGCCAAUACCACUCUGAGCCUCUCCCUGAUGUGCCGUCUCUUCAGAAGAGGUCGGCCUAUCACCCUGUUGACGUACAGCAAUACUUGUGCCUGUGGGACACCCUCCGCUUCGCAGACAAGCAAUUAAAGUCAGAGAAGCCAAUUAACAUGGAGAAUCUUCCGGUGAACAACAACAACGGCCAGUCGUACGGCUACACUCUGUACGAGACCACCAUCACCAGCGGGGGAACCCUCCACUCCAUGAAUAACAUCAGAGACAGAGCACUGGUGUUUGUUGACAGACAGCCAGUUGGCAGUCUGAACUACAAGACUCAAGAGCUAACAAUUCCUGAUGGAAAGAGAGAGAGAACGUUGACUUUGCUUGUGGAGAACUGUGGAAGAGUGAAUUAUGGGAAAGCACUGGACAACCAACGCAAAGGUCUUGUUGGAGAUAUCACGUUGAAUAAUGCCCCUCUGAGAGACUUCACUAUCUACUGUUUGGAUAUGAGGCCGAGCUUUAUGAAGAGAUUGAGUUCAGCUCCCUGGAAGUCUGUCCCACAUAAGCCCUCCUUCCCAGGGUUUUUUCAGGCUACACUGCAUGUGGAAGAGUCUCCCGGAGACACAUUUCUCAAUAUGUCUGAUUGGGGUAAAGGAGUAGUGCUUAUUAAUGGCCAGAAUUUGGGCCGCCACUGGUUCAUUGGUCCCCAGCACUACCUGUAUGUCCCUGGACCAUGGCUCAGGAGAGGAGAGAACCAGAUUAUUGUUUUUGAGGAACACAAAUCAGAAGAGAAACUUGUCUUCGCUGAAAAUCCUGAUCAUGGAAAGACAAUUGAUGUGUACAAACUCCCCUUUUGUACAUUGCUGUAACUCCCCC